AAAAAGGAAAAGCCGACCGCCGAAACCAGCAACGCCUUCGCGAGUAUGAUGGGGCUGGACAACUGGGUCGAUCCGAAUUUGCUCAAAAAGAAAAAAGAGGAAGAGCAGUCUGAGGACGAAUUGAGAAACAUGCUGUCAGGCGGAGACGAAAGCAGUGAAGAGGACGCAGCUUCGGCGAAAAAGUCGUCCAUAAUAUCCGGCAGUCGGGCAGCCUCCCCGGUAAGUUCGCCUACGUCCACGAAGAAAGCGUCGAUUGCGCAAGGGUCAAGUAGUUCCAGCGAUUCAUCCAGCAGCUCGGAGGAUGAAAAAAAGUUGAAAAAUUUCAACGUAGACAGCGUGCAGAAGCAGGUCGCGAAAAACGCAAAAGGGUGAGGGGAAAAAGAUCACUUGACUUCUUUUCGGCAUCGACGUCCUUUAUUCCAAUACAUAGAUUUAGAUACAGGAAAAAAAUAAAAAAUGCAUGUAGAUGGAUGAGAAUUCACUCGAUUGCGCACGUUCCUAGUGGUACAUUGAGCCAUCAUCAACAAGUCGCGAUGAUGAAACUUCGAGCGUUUUUUCGACCUCGAUUAAUCGACUCGUUCGUGUUCUGCUUGUCGGCAAAUUUCAAAAUAACAACUAUUGAAAGUUCUAGUUGUCGUGCGCUGAGGGCGAGAGAAAGUGAAAGCUAAAUCUAAAAAGCCUUCCAGCUGCAAGAGCAAGAUAUCAUAGAUUACCAUCCGGAGUAGUUUUCCUUUCUGUGGGAAGGGGAUGAACCUGAAUCUGUAUUAUUUCUCACUUGAUGUGCUUCAUUUUUCCUUUUCGGAUUGGUAGACCUCGGGUUUUUUGAACGUGAAAGAAUAGAAAGAGCAAAUGUGAUUGUCCUCUCUUUGCGUCCGCUAAGUAGAGCGAUUGGUACAACAAGAUGGUGAUUCCCCUGCCCAGUGUGGGGGUUAGCCCCUACCCGACGCAAAAGGCGCUGGCGUUUCGAAAUACGUUCUUUGUGCUUGCUACUCUGAUGGCGCUCUCUUCCGCCGUCCAGAUGUUCAUGCUGCUGGAGAUAAUGCACGGCUUCAUGACCGGCUUGAUCGCGUUUUGUGGGUACUUUUGCCUCCGGGAAAGCAGUGUGGACAUGCAAUGCUUGAUGUCGUGGGGCAUCAUUUGCUUCAUCAACGGCAUCCUGGAAGUCGUGCAGUUCAUCGACCGCAUCGUCCAUCUGCCCCCGGGAAUCCACAUCUUCGGCGCCAGUAACGGGUUCGAGGGCAACUUCGUGUCUGCGGUCCUGAUCGGCGGGAUGCUCAGCAUGCUCACGGUCAGCAUCAUGGUCUACCAGAUCUACAACGACCAAAAUGCGUCCUCAGGGGGCGAUGAUCGCAAUAGCGGGAGGGGCGGAGGUGGUAUAUCUUUUUUUCUUGCGUGCGUUCGUCUUCGUCUCCAGCUUCACUUCUUACUUUUGGAUGCAAAUGCAUGAGGAUGGAUAGCAUCAUCGAAAUGGAUCGAUAAUCAACGAAAAUUUGGAAAAACUACCUCACAGGUGGCUCAUACACUUCACAACUGUAUGGAACGUUGCCCACCGCCCCUUCACCGGUAACCCAGAGCUUCAUGCCAUUCCAGGGAAAGGGAAACACGCUUGGCGUCUGAUGAAGAUUUGAUUUAGUGCUGGACCCAUCGGCGUUAGCGUUACACUUUUUCUCAAAGCUAGUGCUUCAGACUUCUUUCGAGGUCCUUGCACUCGCACAGGGAGAUUUUAUCGAAGAUAGAUAAGAGAAAAACCGAGCUACAACUGGAGCAGGAGAUUUCAGCUAGUAAUAGCAGAACUGAAUCUACUAUCGAUGUUGAGAAAACGCAACAGGAGAAU